UCCGAGCUGCGGGGCCCGAGACUGGAGCUUCCCGCGCUGGUCGGUGCUCUGGAGGCCGAGUGCUGGCGCUGCUGGUGCGGGUGCGCCCAAGGUCGGUCGACGGCCAAACCCCCAGAACUCCCCAUCAGUGCGGACUGGAGUUCCAUCGGGAAAGCUGACUCCGCUGCCCCCAGGUAAAGAGAUAAGGAGAUCAGCGGGGCUGGAAGAAAAGGGUCCUCCCAGCGGAGACUGAGGCCCAGGAGGACAGUGCCAUGCUUCUCUCCAUUCUGGUGGCGUUAUGCCUGUGGCUGCGCCUGGCGCUGGGAGUGCGCGGAGCGCCCUGCGAGGCUGUGCGCAUCCCCAUGUGCAGGCACAUGCCCUGGAACAUCACCCGGAUGCCCAACCACCUGCACCACAGCACUCAGGAGAACGCCAUCCUGGCCAUCGAGCAAUAUGAGGAGCUAGUGGACGUGAACUGCAGCUCAGUGCUGCGCUUCUUCCUCUGUGCCAUGUAUGCACCCAUCUGUACCCUGGAGUUCCUGCACGAUCCCAUCAAGCCCUGCAAGUCUGUGUGCCAGCGCGCACGUGACGACUGCGAGCCCCUCAUGAAGAUGUACAACCACAGCUGGCCAGAGAGCCUGGCCUGCGACGAGCUGCCCGUCUAUGACCGUGGAGUGUGCAUCUCUCCCGAGGCAAUAGUCACUGAUCUUCCGGAAGAUGUGAAGUGGAUAGACAUCACACCAGAUAUGAUGGUGCAAGAAAGGUCCUUUGAUGCUGACUGUAAAAGUCUGAGCCCUGAUCGGUGCAAGUGUAAAAAGGUGAAGCCAACCUUGGCAACAUACCUGAGCAAAAACUACAGCUAUGUGAUUCAUGCCAAAAUAAAAGCUGUCCAGAGGAGUGGCUGCAAUGAGGUGACAACUGUGGUCGAUGUAAAAGAAAUCUUCAAGUCAUUGUCACCUAUCCCUCGAACGCAAGUCCCUCUCAUCACCAAUUCCUCCUGCCAGUGCCCACACAUCCUGCCCCAUCAAGAUGUCCUAAUCAUGUGUUAUGAGUGGCGUUCAAGGAUGAUGCUUCUUGAAAAUUGUUUAGUUGAAAAAUGGAGAGAUCAACUCAGUAGAAGGUCCAUACAGUGGGAAGAGAGGCUUCGGGAACAGCAGCGAACAAUUCAGGACAAGAAGCAAACAGCCAGCCGCACCAGUCGCAGUAACCCCCCAAAGCCAAAGGGAAGGCCACCUGCUCCCAAACCUGCCAGUCCUAAGAAGAACAUCAAAGCUAGAAGUGCCCCCAAAAAGUCAAACCUGAAGAAAAGUACAAGCUAAUUACUUUCCAUGAUGGAGACACCCUUACAGGAUAAGGCGGUAGUGCCUGGGACAGCCUACAGAAGGCCACACACCACUUGCCUUAAGGACCCACUGUGGUUCUCUUUAUAGACACAUCUUACAACAUUUCUCUUAAUGAUAGCUUCAGUGUUUUGCUUUAAGCCACAGAGCCCUGUUACUUGUUGGUUUUCUGGUAUGGAAAUUACAAGACAGAAAGCUGGUAGAAGGGUACCUGUGUUCAGAGUGGUCUGUGUACAUACUACAUGACCUUCUGUUUCGAGAGUUUGACUCAAUAUGUACAUUAUAAAGUUCGCAUACUAUGUCAAACAAAAUUUUUUGACAAAAAUAUUGGAUAUCCUUUGACUUCUGUUAGGAAGUUAGCGAUAUAUUAAAUGUUAUUGAAAACAUGUUUUUGACAAAGGCAGAAAGAAUGAUACUUAAA